GAACUGGACGCGGCACUGGCUGCGGGUGGUCUACCCGCACGACGAUCGGAUGUCGGUCUCUUGUGGCCAUUCACUCGAGCGGCAGCUGCUAAAGCCAGUCUAAUUGCACAUCGUCACACCUGUGCCGCGUCGGCUAUCAACCCGGUAAAAACACGUCUUCUAAUGGACGACUCAUUCGCGGUCACAGCUGAUCCUCAUCGUUGGAGUUCCGCGCUGCGUGGUGCCUCCACCGGACAGUCGAUUCCACGGAUACACUUCAACGCAUCCUCACCGGUCACUUGUUGGACAGAACCAGAGCCCAAACUGAUACAGCUCAGUCAGUCAACCCCGCCAAGUCCGAUUUUUGAGACACAAGUAGAAAUCUGUGUGGCCCCGGUGCUUGUGUGCAUGAAAGUUCGACAGACUGUGGGCGCCGGAGAUAAUAUUUCCGCCGGGGCAUUGCGUGCACAAAUCACCACACGCCAGGCAGGUAUGCGGUGA